CCAAUUGCGACUAAAAACAACACGAUCCGAGCUGUAGCUUUUUGUGCUCCCCUGCCGAGCCAACCCUGCGACUUCCAGAAAUGUCUCCAGAUGAGGCUCCGCGAUCAUGUUUUGACUUUUUGACGAGGUCUCAACUGCCGGGAAAAUGUAGCCUUGCCAAGGGCGAGAUUGAGGCUUGAGGCUUUCGUUUGCGUGCAACGUCGCCAGCCUGGUUGACUUGUGAGCUUGGUCCUGGGUUAUUGGGCUGAGUUACAUGUGGCCAAUCCAUGAACUCUGCUCUCGUUCAUCUUGAGUUGGGAUGAAGGAUACAAUUUAGCAGAGACGCAUCUCAAAAGGUCACAUGUCUUCACCCUCAAAAGAGAAGGGCUGUAGCUUCAGUCCCCAUUGAUCAGCACGUAGAUAGACGCCAAACCGCGAUUGUGUGAAGCCAUUGCAACGCAACAUCAUAAAAACAGCCCAGUUAAAAAUGGCAGACGAAACACCAGCCGCCCUGAUCCCGACCUCGCGUGCCGCGCAGAUCGCCAGCUACUCGCCCCUGCUCUCGGACCCGGUCAUAGAGGUGGCCCAAGCGAGGCACCGCAUCAACCUCGUCAACACAUUCGCCUCCAUCUCGCCCCUGCCACAGACCACCACCAGCGGCGUCCGCUUCCUCGAGGUAGGCUGCGGCCAGGGCAACUGCACCACCGUCCUCGCCGCCGCCGCCGGCCCUUCCGGCUCCGUGACGGCCCUGGACCCGGCCCCGCCCACCUACGGCGCGCCCUUCACCCUGGCGGGCGCGCAGGCCGUCGUGUCCGCGUCCGAGGUCGGCCCGCGCAUCACCUGGCACAACGCCACGACCCUCGACGCCCUGCUGCUCGCCGACACCGACACCGACACCGCCGCCGGGCCGGCAACCACCACCCGUUGUUGGGACGUGGCCGUGCUGGCCCACAGCGCAUGGUACUUUUCCUCCCCGCACACGCUGCGGGACACGCUGGCGGCGCUGCGCGGGCGGGUGGGCGCGGUCUGGCUGGCCGAGUACGCGCUGAGCGCCCGACGGCGGCCGGCCGCCUGGCCGCACGUGCUGGCGGCGCUGGCGCGCGGGUCGCUCGAGGCGCACCGCGAGAGCGGCGAGAACAUACAGACGCCGCUGAGCCCCCCGCAGAUCAGGGACGCGGCGGCCGCGGCCGGGUGGGGCGUGGCGGGCGAGGCCGUGCUGGUGCCCGACGAGGGCCUGCUGGACGGGAGGUGGGAGACGGGCGCCGUGGUGGGCGACGGCUUCCUAGCCGACGUGGACGCCGCCGGCAUCCGGAACGAGCGCGUCAAGGCUGUUCUGCGAUCCGCUCGGGAUGCGACCAUCGCCGCGAUGCAGGCGGUGGGGGGCGUGAAGAAGGUCGAGACGAUGGAUGUCUGGGUGGUCGUGCUGAAAGAGAGGUCGGGACAGUGACGAGAUUGACAACCACAAAAAAAAAACCAAAUCGUUUCUAGCUUUGACCGCAAAAAGUUCUAUGCUACGGUAACUCGUCUAAACAAAGGCAAAAACAUUUUCAAAAC